AUGCCUAAGUAUGUAAAGUUUAUGAAAGAGCUGCUAACUAACAAGAGAAAAUUGGAGGAGUUAGAAACAGUUGCAUUAACACGGAACUACUCUGCAAUGAUUCAGAGGAAUCUCUCUAUGAAAUUGACUGAUCCUGGGAGUUUCAUUAUUCCAUGUGUGAUUGGGGAAGACAUGAGGCCUAUAAGGAUGACAAUACAACUUGCAAAUCGGUCUAUAAAGAAACACCGCGGUGUUGUUGAGGAUGUGCUGGUUAGAGUAGACAAGCUCAUUAUCCCGGUGGAUUUUGUUAUUCUGGAUGUGGAUGAUGAUGUUGAAGUCCCAUUGAUCCUCGGGUGA